AUGGCCUGUCUUGACUUUUCGUAUGAAGAAUCCUUUAAAUUGGUCUCUUUGAAAGCUUACCUCGCCGAGUUCAUCUCCACUCUCCUCUUUGUUUUCGCCGGCGUUGGCUCCGCCAUUGCCUUUGCGAAGAUAACGGAGAAUGCGGCGCUUGAUACGUCCGGGCUAGUGGCAAUUGCAAUUUGCCACGGUUUUGCCCUCUUUGUGGCGGUUUCGAUCGCAGCUAACCACUCCGGUGGUCAUGUCAACCCAGCCGUCACUUUUGGCCUUGUUCUCGGCGGAAAAUUGAAAAUCGUUACCGGACUUUUCUAUUGGGUUGCUCAGCUUCUUGGCUCCACGGUGGCUUGCUACUUGCUCAAAUUUGUCACCGGUGGUUUGGCCAUUCCAGUUCACAGCGUUGCUGCUGGAGUAGGAUCCUUUGAAGGAGUCGUGAUGGAGAUCAUAAUCACAUUUGCAUUGGUCUACACCGUUUACGCCACAGCCGUUGACCCCAAGAAUGGCUCUCUCGGAACCAUCGCACCACUUGCUAUUGGACUCAUCGUCGGUGCUAACAUCCUCGCCGCCGGUCCAUUCUCCGGUGGUUCCAUGAACCCUGCUCGCUCCUUUGGACCAGCUCUUGCAGCUUGCGACUUUUCAGGACAUUGGGUCUACUGGGUCGGUCCACUUGUUGGUGGUGGUCUAGCUGGAGUUGUCUACUCCAACGCUUUUAUCACCGAGUCCAGCACCGACGAGACCGAAUCCGAGCGUGUUCCUCUUAUUUCCUCUGCUUAA